CAUCUGAGAAUCGGAUGCUAAGGGUGCGAUGGGCACUUACCUCCUCCCCCUUUUUCUCGGGAAAAUACUACGAAAAAAAUCAGAAUCGUACCCCUUACGGAUCAGAUUACGGUACAUAGAAAACAUAGAUCAUACAUACAGACCCUGCUACAAUGCUAUGGUACUCGAUACGCCAGGCACAGCUCGCUGAAGAUGUAAAAAAAAAUAUCGGGGUCCUUCCCAGGCUCGCCACGCUCGCGUCUCUCGGAAAUUAAUGCGUUGAUAUAGUAGUGAAAAGAUGUCAUCAUGAUGCACAACACGCUGUGGUGGCCGUUUAUUUUCUUGUUCUGCUCCGUUCAGUCACGCUCUGUGGCGCACAUUUUAUCAAUGUGCGUACGACCUCUUUUGUGCUCAGAUACAAUCAAAGGAAGCAUAAUUUCUUGAAUUUACGAAGUAAUGCCCAUUUUAUUUUUCCUUUAAUAAAAUUGUUAGGUAAAAAAAAAGUUUUUUUUUGCCCCCGCCGUAUCAUUGCUACUGUUGUUUCACCGUAAGUGUCUUAUUUAAUUGUCCCGUCCGCCCCUAACCUGUUUCUAGGUUAGCGGGUACAUUAAUAAUUCAUGUUUCAUGGAUGGAUUUUCUAAAAAAAGCUUUUCUGCAAAUUGACCUCAUUUGGAGCAGAAAAUGCAAAAUGGAGUAUCCUAAAGGAUAAGUCGGUCCUGUUUUUCCUCCUAACUCAGCCGAUUUGUCGUGUCUCAUGGAUACCAUAACAGGUUACCGCACGGGAGUGGUGCACCUUUUGUUGCUGUUUCACGUAGUGAAGGCGAUACCAGUAGCUGGUCCGUUUCCACCUGGCGUUGGAUUAUGGAGAAAAGUCAUCGCGUGCGAGAAUCAGAAGGUCUACAUCAAGUGCGCCAGUAUCUAUAACGUGAUCGAGAUAGGAGAGGCGACGUUCGGACGCGAGGCCGCUAUGGUGUGCCUCCCUCCAGGGCGUGCCCCAGAGGCACCCUGCACCGAGCAGGCGGGACAAGUCAAGGCAAGGGUGGAAGACCUAUGCACCAGGAUGAACAGAUGUGAGGUAUCCGCUACCAACAGCAUCCUCGCCAGGGCAGGAACAGUAGUGUGUCCCAAAGUGUCUAAGUACUUGCAAGUGCAAUACAGAUGCGUACCACGUGAGUCAUUCACGGACGAUGAGAACUCAAUUACAGAGAACUCCGUCACUGAGUCUGUCAGCAGUAUUUUUAAGAGCAGCAGCGCAGCAUCUGCUUCCGCUUCCGCUAGCGUGUCCUCUUCCGGCUCGAUUCUUUCCUAUGGAAAAGUCUUGGAAAUUCCUGGCCCUGCUAUUUCCGGGGGACUAGUUACAAGCAUGACAGGAAGUUCCGUUUCCGGGAACCUAGGAAAAACUAAUCUUGGCGGCGCGGGUGCUGGCACUUCCGGUUCUUCUACUUCCGGUAGUCAGAUAACUGACACUACAUUACUUCCGGCUGUGGUGCCUCUCACUUAUGAGCCAAUGGUAAUCAGCGGCCCUGUUACGUCAUCACAAGUUGUCUCGGAAACUUACCAGCCAUCGACGACAAGUUCAGAGACGACAACAACAACUCUCAAAGAAGUCAAGCCAGUGGAAACGCCCGGCUCAACCUCAUCAUCCACUUCACAGUCGGAAGUAAGCGCUUCAAUUGGAACCGGAACUGGAAAUGCUGCGAAACACGACUCGGUUAUGCUGAAUGACGAGCCUUUGAACGAAGGCCAGUUCCCGCAGGUUGUCACGGAAACAAUGCCGUUGCUGAGGGAAGUAGUCGGUUCACAAAAUACGAAGAAAUCCAUCGUAUCUCGUGCCAGCGAAGGCGAUAGGAAAGAGCGUGAGGGAGUAAGGCCUGGGAGCGAUUUCCUAGAAGAACGGCGUGGUGACGUAUAUUUGCCUGAGAGGUCAAAAUCCAAAAAAUGGAUUAAUCUCCCCGACCAGAAAACUGGGAAAGACUUCUUAGAAAGGAGAGUGUUGCCUGCAAAUUUUCUAAGAAAACUCACGAGAUUCUCAUAUACACCCGAAAUGAAAACAGAAUCUAUCAUACGUCGAGAGACAAUUCCCUUUCUAUACAGAGCAACAGAAAACAACCCAUCAGAGCGUCUGGGAUAUAUGAGGAACGAAAAUAUUUCCCCUGGGGAGGGGUAUUGGGACAAAAGAGAAAAUGUAGAAAACAUGGAAAGUGUCGGAAUCAAUACUGAUUCAAGUAGUGGUGCUUCUGGUCGUAAUGAUGAGAAUGAUGAUGAUGAUGAUGACGAUACUAAUGAUAAUGAUGACGAAUUGAACAUUAAGAGAACCGGGUUGAAUGAGCGCGCUGAGGCAUAUGGGAGAUUGGUUGAUGCCUUGGAAGGCGACGAGGAUGAUUCUCUGAACAAUGAUGACGACUUGUUUUGAGGAUAGUUCCAUAGCCUGGAACAUUCUAGAAUAUUCUUACUUAAGGUCCCUACUCAGCCACCAUUGUUUUCAUUAAGUAUAUGAAGACAAACCAUGUAAUGAGAUCUAGAGAUAGCCAUAAUGCAUUAUACUUCAUUUACCAAACCCGAUAGGGGACAUCCACAAGCAGACGAAAAAGGAGAUGAAUACAUUUUGUAUUUUGCUAUAAUGACAAAGAAAAGGCCUUUUGUAUAUCCAA